GGUGUGACUUACUCUGCAGCAGUGUGAGAGUUUUGAGAAGCGAAGCUCUCACGCCGAGACCGAUUUUCAGCUGAUGGGCCAGCGUCAGCUACUGCAGCGGGCACGGACUGAUCCAUCGCGGAGUAACUAUAGGAGCAAGUGAAAGAUCUUCUUAAAUUCGAUUUUGUAUCUUAACAACGGCCUUUUGCUUUUUGUUCCUGCAAAGAAUCGUCCCGGACCAAACCAGGUUGCGACAACUGCCAGCAGUCGACGCGAUACGCUUGACUUAAUGGACUGUUUGCACCGUUUGAUCCAUGCAUCCCCUUUGGGUUUAGCGCCCGAGGGGAGAUCGUGACGCAACGCGUUAAUUGAUUUCUCGACGCGUCGUGGUCGUGGUCGUGGCUCGCUGGCAUCCCACGCUCGGGAGCCAGUAACAACCUGAAAGGCAUUCGCUGACAACACAGUCGACUCUUCAAGCCAUUUGGCAUCACUCGUGCAAGCGGUUUCUAUUCAAAAGCCACAUUGUAAAAUUUAAAUUUUACGGAGACCGUGUUAGUCUUCACCUUCUAAUUUUUCCCUUUCAUCCCUGCGCUGUCCCUGCAAUCAAGUGGAGGAAAAGCUGUAAUGAGUUCACCGUUGCCCCCGAGCAUUUCGGCCGCCAAUCGCGGCACAAAUCCUCUUAAUAGAAGGAAACGAUCUCGUGAGAGAGACGACGAUGUAUCUUCAGCACCCCCGCCCUCCAGCCCCCCUCCAUCUUCGCCCCCGUUACUACCCAUGGAUGAUGAAGAUGAUGAUGAAAUUGCCCAAGAGGCAGGAUUUAGAGAUAUUGAUGAUGUCGAUGAGUUGGCAGAAGAUGAAGAUGGGAUCGACCUUUUUGGCGACUCAUUUGAACGUGACUAUCAAUUCCGUGGGGAUGACAACUACGAAGCUGCCGGCAUUGACGAUGAGGGUGAUCACGAAGAACUGGAUGCGGCCACGAGGAGAAGGCUCGAGGCUAGAUUGAACAGGCGCGAUCAAGAACUUGCCCGGAGAAGGACAAUGCCAGCAGCGUUUUUGCAAGAGGAUGAUUUUGAUGCGAUUGACCUGUCCCAACUUCGAAGGGCCAGACACAACUACGACGAAGCUCGAUCAGAUAUAGAUAUGGAUAAUCCGGAUGAGGAGCUCACACUUGAGGAUAUGGCGGAUAUCAAAGCAGACAACGUUACCGACUGGGUCGCGUCUCCGGCUGUCCACCGCGCAAUCUAUCGAGAAUUCAAGUCCUUCUUAACGGAAUUUACAGAUAAGGAUGGCCUCUCUGUUUAUGGCACUGCCGUAAAAAACCUGGGGGAAGAUAACUCCGAGUCACUAGAAAUUUCAUAUCCACAUCUAAGCGAGGCGAAAUCGAUCAUUGGCUUCUUUGUUGCGAAUGCCCCCGCUGAGGUUCUCAGAAUUUUUGAUGCAGUCGCCAUGGAGGCUGUUCUGCUGCACUACCCCGAUUAUCAGCGUAUUCAUAGUGAGAUUCAUGUCCGGAUUACGGAUCUCCCAGUGAGAUACAGUCUCCGUCAGCUGCGACAGAGCCAUCUCAACUGCCUUGUUUGCGUCACCGGAGUUGUUACUAGAAGAACUGGAGUCUUUCCUCAGUUGAAGUACAUUAUGUUCAACUGUACUAAGUGCGGCGUGACUCUUGGACCAUUUGAGCAGCAGGAUUCUUCUUCUGAACUGAAGAUUACCUAUUGCCAGAAUUGCCAAAGCCGUGGCCCGUUUAAUCUCAACUCCGUGAAGACUGAAUAUAGGAACUACCAGAAGCUAACCCUUCAGGAAUCACCUGGAUCCGUCCCUGGAGGACGCCUUCCGCGCCAUCGAGACGUGAUUUUGCUUGCGGAUCUCAUUGAUGCAGCGAAGCCUGGUGACGAGGUCGAGAUCACAGGAAUUUACAAGAACCAGUAUGACCUGCCGAUGACGAACAAAACUGGACUGCCGGUCUUUAGUACGAUUAUCGAAGCCAACCACAUCAAGAAGUCCCAUGACCAACUUGCGUCUUUCCAUAUUACAGAAGAAGAUGAGGAUCAGAUUCGAAAAUUAUCUCGGGACCCGAAGAUCAUCGAGAGAAUCGUGAAUUCGAUGGCACCGAGUAUUUAUGGACAUGAAGACAUCAAGACUGCAAUCGCAUUGUCAUUAUUUGGUGGAGUUAGUAAAGAAGCUCAAGGAAAGAUGAAUAUUCGUGGGGAUAUAAAUGUCCUCCUUCUUGGUGAUCCUGGUACUGCAAAGUCCCAAAUGUUAAAGUACGUCGAGAAGACAGCACACCGGGCUGUAUUUGCAACUGGUCAAGGCGCCAGUGCCGUCGGUCUUACGGCAAACGUACGACGAGACCCCAUGACCAGUGAAUGGACCCUGGAAGGCGGCGCGUUGGUCCUCGCUGAUCGCGGAACCUGUCUCAUUGACGAGUUUGACAAAAUGAAUGAUCAGGACAGAACUUCUAUUCACGAAGCUAUGGAGCAACAGACGAUCUCGAUUUCUAAAGGCGGUAUCGUGACAACUCUUCAAGCCCGUUGUUCCAUCGUCGCAGCAGCCAAUCCAAUCGGGGGUAGAUACAAGGGCACCAUCCCUUUUUCUCAGAACGUCGAGCUCACAGAACCCAUCCUUUCUCGUUUCGAUAUUCUUUGUGUCGUUCGUGAUACCGUCUAUCACACCGAGGACGAGCGACUCGCAAAAUUCGUUAUGAACUCGCAUUAUAAAUCCAACCCUUUGCGGGACUCCCAGGGAGACGUUAUCCGUGAUGAAGAUGGUGUAAUUGGUAUGGAUGAGGAAGAUGACGACCGAACGAAGCCUCAGCCGAUCCCACAAGACUUGUUGAGAAAGUACAUUGUUUACGCCAGACGGGAAUGUCGGCCCAAGCUGUACCAAAUCGAUCAGGGAAAAGUUGCGGAUGUUUUUGCAGAUAUGCGAAAGGAGAGUUUGGCCACUGGAGCUUAUCCAAUAACGGUCCGACAUCUUGAAUCCAUCAUGCGUAUUGCAGAGGCGUUUGCCAAAAUGCGGCUCGCGGAAUACUGUACAUCGGCGGACAUUGAUCGCGCUAUUGCUGUAGCCAUCGAGUCUUUCGUCAGCAGCCAAAAAAUUAGCUGUAAGAAAGCACUUUCGAGAGCAUUUGCAAAAUAUAUGCUCUCUAAACCCAAAACUCACAGUCAAAGGAGGGCUACUGAUCAUAGAGGAACAUCAAGAGAGGGUACUGUUGGGGCAUAAGUCAGGCAUGAUAUUCCUUUGUUUCACUUUUGGAGUUGAGUGCAGCUUUA